GGACACCCUCAUAAAUACUAUCAAGAAGUAUCCUACCCCGCAUUCACUCCAAAAAAAGAUCAUGCCCGUGCCACUUCCUGAGUGGCUUACUCUUCGUCCAUCAAUCAAUCAGUCCGUAUCACUCAGAAUGUACGGGUACGGUACGUGGCCCGCUAACGCUGCAUACAAGACCGGCGUCCCGGACGCAGGCCCGGGAGGACUGAAGCCAGUCACGACCUGUACACGUGCUAUAGUGGGUGUAUUAUCUCUCUCAAGAAUCUUGGCGACUCUCGGGCUGCCUCUCGCUGGACAAUUAAUAAUGUGUGCUGCUAGAUCCCACCGCCAUUACAGAUCUACAGGAAAAGACCAGAGAAAGAAGAAUCAUAAUUUGCAGCAACAGCAUUCUUUGCCCAUUUCUACCUUUGCAAACAUUCCCACUGUAGCAUCAAUGCAUAUCAGUGUACCUGCUCUUAUACCCACAUCUGUCACAUCUUUACCACUGCCAAAACCUACAACUGUGCCUAUCUUUUCUCCUACACCCAUGCCCAUACAUACUCCAAUGCCCAAACCUCCAACUGUACCUAUUGUUACUCUCACAUCUAAUCACACUGUAAAGCCCAAACCUACAACUGUACCUAUUGUUACUCUCAAAUCUAAUCACACUGUAAAGGCCAAAACCUCAUCUGUAUCUAUUGUUUCUCCCAAAAACACAUCUGUACCUAUUGUUACUCUCAUGCCCACAUCCAUACAUAUUCCUAAAUGCACAUCUGUACCUAUUAUUACUCACAUGCCCACAUCCAUACAUAAUGCUAAAUGCACAUCUGCACCUAAUGUUACACCCACAUCCAUUCACAAAAGUACUUUUAAGUGCAAACCUACAUCUGUACCAAAUGAUACUCCCACACACACAUCCACUCUCCAGCCCAAGCCUACACCUGUACCAUUAGUCAUGCCCAUGCCCGCAGCUGCACCACAGCUGUUAUCUACUAGAAUACCUAAAAAUGUGGUGCGGUUCGUGUGUAUCAGUGACACUCACAAUAAAACUGACAUUCUACCAUUUCCUAUUCCUGAUGGUGAUGUUUUGCUUCAUGGAGGGGAUUUCACUAUCAAAGGAAAGCUACAUGAAGCGCUGGUGUUCAAUGACUGGCUAGGUCAUUUGCCCCACAAACACAAGGUAGUGAUUGCUGGCAACCAUGAUAGACUUUUCGACAAGAACUUCAAGCAGUUUACAGCCGACUCUAGAAAGGUGUUCACAAAUGCCAUCUACCUACAGGACCAGCACACAUCCAUAUACGGCAUCAAAAUCUACGGUGCACCUUGGACUCCCGAGUAUCACAACUUGGCCUUCAACUUGCCUCGAGGACAACCUUGUCUUGAGAAGUGGUCACUUAUCCCAAAAGAUACCGAUAUCCUCAUGACGCAUGGACCACCAUGGGGCCAAAGAGAUUUUACAAAAGGAAAGCAACAUGUUGGAUGUGAAGAUCUACUGGCAGUUGUACAAAAUAAAGUUAUGCCAAAAUAUCAUGUGUUUGGCCAUAUUCAUGAGGGUUAUGGCAUGACCAAGACUGGCAGAACAGUGUUUGUGAACGCUGCCAUGUGCAAUAUCCACUACAAGCCCAUCAACCCUCCAAUCGUAUUUGACCUGCCUCUUCCACGAGGAUAUACGAAAAAUUAAUGCCUUCUAUUUUUGCUCCUCGGAUGAACAUAUCUACUUCCUUGUUGAUGAUUUGAGUAUUAUUUAUUAUUUUAUUUGAUAAUUAUCUGAAGUUUGAGUACUGUACCAAUAUUUAUAAAUGGUGGAUAUGCAUACAUUUUAGCAGUAAUAAAGUUGUAUAUUUUACAUGAUGUAUUUUUGUCUGUCUUUGUAUGCUUAAAAUAAAUAUACAAUAUUA